AUGAGCCAACGAGUUCAGUUGAUUGUACAAAGCAAAGGAGGGGGGGCCCCCAAUGGGGGCCCUAUUGCCUCUUACGUACACACACCAUUGGAACAAAACGCGGAGCCUGCGCAGGCCGCGAGUGCUGCAGAUACUGACAGCAGCAGCAGCAGCAGCAACAGCAGCAGCAACAGCAGCAGCAACAGCAGCAGCAGCGGCAUGAGCAACAGCAGCGUGAGCAGCAGUAGCAACAGCAGCAUCAGCAGCAUCAGCAGCGGUAGCAACAUCAACAGCAGCAGCAGCAGCAGGAGUUGGCUGCGUGCGCCUUCAGUUCACUUUAUAGAGACAGCUUGCGAGCUGGGAGAGUAUUUUGAGGCCCUUAGGCGGAAGCAGCAGCAGCAAAGCCGCAUCAUACAGACACCCGAAGACCUGCAGCGCAUCAAUGAAAUAAACAACAAACUCCUAAAAGAACAAACAGAAGAUGCACCCUCCAUCUCCUACUUCCUUGCAAGACACCGCCGUCUCUUGCUGCAAGGAAUGCAGCACCAGAAGCAUACCCACCUACACGCAGACACAGGGGGGCCCCCCGAUGGGCCCCCUGAGGGUCCCCCCAACGGACCCCUUGGGGGGCCCCCUGACGGGACCCCUUGGGGGCCUUCUGAUGCGCCGCAUUGGGGCCCCCCCGAUAGUGUCGGUGGGCCCCCAGGGGGGCCCCCAGAGGGGCCCCGGUUGGAGGGUUUUGUUUCUGAGGGUUUGCGGGGUUUGGGCUUGGGGUAUUAUGAUUUUUUGUUUCCUCUUGAGAUAGGAGAGGAAGGUGUUGCAGGUUUGCUGCCUUUAGCUGUGGGUUUGCGUGUGGUGGGGGCCCCCCCUUACGGGGCUUCUUUGUUAUGUGUCUCUUGGGGCGCGGAGACAGUUGUAAUUGAUCUGCUGAAUCGGCAGCAGGUGUUUGCUGCUGCAGUUGAGAGGCUGCUGCAGUGGCUGCUGCCUAAUCCCCUUGUCUUAAAGGUUCUCUUUGAUUGCAGAGAGACAAUAGAGAGACUCGCUGUGGGGCCCCUCCCUCUGCAGGAGCCCUUAAAGCCCCUUGUACACUGUAUAGACCUCAGGCAGCCCCGAGUGUACAGACACCUCGAGGCCCCCCCUCCUCUCCCCCCCGCGGUGCAGCGAGACGCUCAGCUAGCAGAUGCCUUAGCACAAGGCAACGAAAGAUUGUUUAAACACAUCCUCAAGCAGCAGCAGCAGCAACAACAACAACAACAACAACAACAACAGCAGCAGCAGCAUCAGCAGGGAAAGCAAGAAGAGGGUGCGGACAUGCAGACACAGCUCCUCUCAGUCGGCACCCGGAGAACCCUCAGCGAGCUGCGUAAGGCUGUUUUGGGUUGGGGGCCCCCAGGGGGGCCCCCAGGGGGCCCCCCUUGGGGCCCCCACGAACGCAAGAGCAGCAAAAGCCUCAACAGGAGGCCUCUAGAUGGAGAUAUGCUGCUGCAGGUUGCUGAUGAAGCUUUCGCUUUGCUGCUAAUUGAGAGGAGACUGAGACAACACCAUCUUCUACCCAAGAACAUCUUGGGGGGAUGA